AAUUUUCAUAUACAUCAUCGAACGGGAUUCAUUCCAUCACAUAUGCCACUACUAAGACUUCCAAUUGAAUGGGAGGUAUGGGAGGUGAUGUUGGAUGCUGCAAAGUCCCAAAGUUUUAAGGCAGCUGGGCGGCUUUCAGUGAUGGAUAUCCCGCAGAAAAUAGCCGAGAAUGAGAAAGUCCUAGCAUGGAAGAAGCUGGUUGAUAAGAUGCCAGUAUUGUCAGUCGACAACAUCAAAGGGUGUGAAAGAGAGCUCAGAAGAGCACACCUUGUCCUUGCCUUUAUCGUUCAAAUUUAUGCACACGCUACUUCCUCAACGGAAUCCAUUACUAUCCCUCGUUCGCUUACUGUGCCACUGCUUCAUGUCUCCCACGAGCUGAACCAUGCGCCUUUUAUUACUUAUUCUGAUCAUGCUCUUCACAACUGGUCUCAUAAAAAUCCUCGUGACCAGGAAUCUCCUCCAACUUGCGAUAAUCUUCAGUCUCAACUCACAUUUACGGGAACUCCCGACGAGGAUGAAUUGUACAUCAUCGAUAUACGAAUGGAACUCAAAGGCGCUGAAGCAAUUGAAUUAAUGAGAUUAUUCACAAAUGAGAUUGACGCUGGAAAUAAUCUUGACAUUGAUCGCAUCACAAUGUAUCUCACGCAAACAACAAGAGCCCUUGAGGAGAUGAAAGGCAUCUUAUUAAGUACCAAGGAGCUAGUUCGGCCUGAGAUAUUUUACAAUGACAUUCGACCAUGGCUUGUUGGAGCUGAUGCGGAUCCCUGGAGCCAAAAAUGGGCCUGGGAAGGUAAAGAAGAUGUUGAGAGCUCAGAAGAGGCUCUAAAAAAUAUCAGUGGUCCGACUGCAGGUCAGAGCCCUCUGCUUCAUACUCUAGAUGCGUAUCUGGGUAUAAAAGAAAGCAACAGUAAGAGCUCGUUCCUAGACCGCAUACAAGGUUAUAUGGAUCAUAAGCAUCGAACAUAUCUUCAAAGCCUUCGAUCAAGAAACAGCCACAUUCGAUCCUUUGUCCAAGACAUAGCUAAGAAACAGGGUACUAAUUCGCCGGUUGUGGUUGCGUAUAAUGCCAUAAUUAAGGCGUUCAAAAGUUUCAGAGACGCACAUCUCAUUAUUGUGGCGUUAUACGUCAUAAUUCCUUCUAGAAAG